GUGGGCAGGAGGGGGGGAGGGGGGGUGAGGCCCGGCUCGUCCGGUAUCGGCUGUGAGGCGGGGCGUGGAGCAGAAUCCUCGAUCCGCAACCGGGAGUUUGGUAACUAAUUAAUUAGCUGCCUCCUUCAUUAAGCGCCCGUCCGGAGUAGUGCGGGAGGCAGCGCUGAAGCUGCGGGACCAGUUGUGGGUGAUGCUGCCAAGUGCUGGUGUCUAUUACUUCCCGUGGGAGAUCAACAGCUCAGUGCCAGAGGGGAAGGCACUGAGGACAUUUGGCAGGUUAUGCUGCUAUGACCUGGCCCGGUCCAAAGCCAUUCUCACUGCUCAGCACAGCUCAGCCCAGUACCAGGUCUGUGUUGACACUGGAUUUGUGGAGCCUUUCCAAGCCCAGCUGGGAUCUUGCUACAUGGUCCUGGGAGAGGCUGAACACAGGGAAGGUGAGGGUCUGGUGGUGAAAGCACGAAUAUUGACAUGUGUGGAAGGGAUGAAUGUGCCCUUGCUGGAACAAGCCAUACAGGAGCAGAGGAAAUACUUCAACGAGAGGCAGGAACAGAUGGGAAACAGGACGUCCUGACAGCAGCUCUGAGACCAGCCAUGGGCUCAUUCUUGUAGUACCAUUUGCAACAAAUAUGUUAAAAAUAAAUUUAGAAGGUGGGCUUGCAACAUACUGCUUUUUGCCAUGGCAAACAGCAAAGUCACUGAGCAGGGAAGCAUUUGAAGACUGUGAGUCAGUACAGUACUAUGGGCUGUCCGUGAUGCUGGGUGUCAUCACUGAAAAUAGCUCUGGGAAGCAGGUUUGUUGUUUGUUUAAAAGGGUGGUUAAGUAAAGGGCACUUUGGUGAUACUGUUCCUUUUGUAAUGCAAGGCUUGGAGACAUCAGGAAAAAAAUUCUCUGAAUAGUCAGGUUAAACAGCUCACACCCACCAGCUCUGCCCAAACACUGGGGGUCACCAGGCUGCUGGCAGGGUGGAGGUAAAGGGCAUUAGCACAGAGUUCAUUGGUCCCAUGUGGCUGUGGGUCCAUGAAUACAGCAUUUGGUUACCCUGACUCAGCUGCCACACAGGAACAUUCCUGGCAAGACACAGAUCUGGACUGAACAACAAAGAAACUAGAACAAAGAGUCACUAUUUUCAGUAGCAGCUGCUUCAGGUUUUUGGGAGCAUCCAAAGAAAACAAUUACUUCAGUUCUAAAAUAAGUAUUUGCUAUGCCCAGAGAACCACCACUUGAGUUCCUUAACACAAGUAAGUUUUGGACACCUUAGGUCACUGGUUUUUUUU